CUACUAUGAUGGAUGAAUGGAAACCCAACCAACCAGCCAAGCCAUGGAAGAAGCGCAGCUGGUACCUGGCCUGGAAGUACAAGCUGACAAACCAGAGGGCACUAAGGAGACUGUGUCAGAUGCUGAAGAAGAAGGUGAAGUAAAAUAGUGACUGCAGUAAGACAAGGAGUCCAUGCUCGAUGUGGCAGGGAAUGGAAAGCCAGAGUGGUGAAGUACCUACACUGAAGAUCUAGGCUGAAAUCCCCAAAGAGCCAUGGAGCUCAUUGAGUGACUUUUGACCUCUUUCUCUCAGCCUGGCUUACCUCAAAGGGCUAUUGUGAGAAUUAAAUAAGGGAGAAGAGUCAUAUAUGCAUAUUGUUUGUUAUUUGCUGCCCUCGAGUCUGCUUUGACUCAUGUGUUAGUGUAUGAGACAUCUCCAAGCCCCUCUGCCCUCAACCUCAUAUAUGUUACCAUCAGUUUAUUGGAGGAAAUACAUAUGUGGAGGGCAUGGCUCUCAAUGUCCAUUGGCUGGCAGAAGUGGCAGGGGAGCAAAGUGUACCCUUAAUUCUCAGGUUUCCUGAUCAAAAUUUGUAUCCACCACUUACUCUACUUUCCUUGAGCUGAUCGUUUAAGAUCUGGAGUCAGUGGACCUGUAGUAAGACAGCAACUUGAGGUUUUCUUUGAAAGUAAAAUGAUGAUACAGGCCUUGCUCAAAUGCUCCUUGUCCCCUGUUGUUUGCUUGUGGGAGUACAUGCGAACUCUGGUGAGAUCUCUGUUCUUUGAAGAUUGUGUGGAGGUGGCGUUGCAGCCAUUGUGACUAUCAUUGUAGAACCAUGAGAAAGUCAAAGCAGCUCUGUGCCCAGUUUUUAUGUGAUUCUGGAUGGGUUGCAAGGUGGCUAGUGUCUCUGUGUGUUCCACUCUGGUUCUGAAGUGAAUCAUGGGUUCUUAGAGAAAGUAUGGUCCUUUUCCCCAUCCCUACUUUGUAAUCAAAUUUCUUUAAAACCUUGCUUAAUUUUUUUAAGCUCUCCUUGCAUGCAUUCUCCCAUGCCCAGGGUAAUAACAAGACUGUAGAAGAGUGUGGAAUAGAAAAUGGCUUUCCCAAUCUCCAAACUGUUCAAAUGUGUUUUGUUUAUAAACUACACAUUGACCUCAGAGACUAAUAAUGAAUUUCUCAAGCAUUUUGUCUUCAGAAAUCCCAGAAAAGGAAAUAAUCUACCCGACUUCUCUCCUACUCACAAAGAAUCUAGAAUACAAUACAGAGACAUGACAAAUAGAUUUCAAUAUCUUUUGUGGAUCCUAUAUCUCAAAAUAAUGGGGGCUGUAGUCUUUUUACUGGUAACUGUCAUAGUGAACAUCAAGUUGAUUUUGGACACUAGAAGAGCAGCUUAUGAAGAGGAGGAGUCUGCUCAAGAUUAUGAUGAAGGCCUACAGAAUCUGGAGAUCCCACGCCGGCCUGUCAAUAACAGGAAAGUUCUGGAUAUUGAGGUGUAUUCGAGCCGCUCCAAGGUCUACGUAGCAGUGGAUGGCACAACGGUUUUAGAAGAUGAAGCACGGGAGCAAGGAAGAGGCAUCCAUGUGAUUGUGUUGAAUCAGGCUACAGGUCAUGUAAUGGCAAAGCGGGUUUUUGACACCUACUCACCACAUGAAGAUGAAGCCAUGGUCCUUUUCCUCAACAUGGUAGCCAGAGGCCGAAUCCUUAUCUUCACAAUUAAGGAUGAGGGCUCCUUCCACCUUAAAGACACAGCAAAGAGUCUUCUGAAGAGCCUAGGAAGCCAAGUUGCUGCUUCCCUCAGCUGGAGGGACAUGUGGACAUUCGUGGGGAAGAAAGGAGGUGAAGUCUAUGGUGAAAAACAUGCCAAGUCCCCAGUGCUUUCCUCAUGGGGAGAGCCAGUGUUGUUGAAAACUGAAGUCCAACUAACCUCUGUAGAAGAUGCAGAAUGCCACUGGCCAGAUACAGAGUUGAACCGACGACGGAAAAGGUUUUGUAGCAAGGUGGAAGGUUAUGGCAGUGUCUGCAGCUGUAAAGACCCUACUCCUAUAGAAUUCAACCCUGAGCCACUCAAAGACAACAAGGUUUUUGAUGUGCCCGUUGCUGUCAUUGCAGGGAACAGACCCAACUACCUGUACAGGAUGCUGCGAUCCCUACUGUCAGCACAAGGGGUCAAUCCUCAGAUGAUAACUGUCUUCAUUGAUGGAUAUUAUGAGGAGCCAAUGGAUGUGGUUGAAUUAUUUGGCCUGAAGGGAAUCCAGCACACUCCCAUCAGCAUUAAAAAUGCCAGGGUCUCACAGCACUACAAGGCGAGUUUGACUGCAACAUUCAACUUGCAUCCGGAUGCCACACUUGCAGUAGUGUUGGAAGAAGACCUAGACAUCUCUAUUGACUUCUUCAGCUUCUUAAGCCAAUCUGUCUAUUUGCUGGAGGAAGAUGACAGCUUGUACUGCAUAUCUGCCUGGAAUGACCAGGGUUAUGAGCACACAGCUGAGGAUCCUUCACUCUUGUAUCGUGUGGAGACCAUGCCAGGCUUGGGUUGGGUGCUGAGGAAGACACUCUACAAGGAUGAGUUGGAACCUAAAUGGCCAACACCAGAAAAGCUCUGGGACUGGGACAUGUGGAUGCGAAUGCCUGAGCAGCGGAAAGGUCGUGAGUGCCUCAUCCCUGAUGUAUCUCGUUCGUACCACUUUGGCAUUGUUGGCCUCAACAUGAAUGGUUAUUUCCAUGAAGCUUAUUUCAAAAAGCACAAGUUCAACACUGUCCCCAAUGUACAACUUAAAAAUGUGGAGAGCUUAAAGAAAGAUGCAUAUGAAAUUGAAAUUCAUCAGCUGCUCAGUGAGGCAGAGGUUCUGGAUCACAGCAAGAACCCCUGUGAAGAUUCCUUUAUACCUGAUACGGAAGGAAAGAUCUAUGUGAUGUACAUCAAAAUGGAGCAGGAAGCAGACUUCACUACCUGGACUCAGCUUGCUAAGUGCCUCCACAUCUGGGAUCUAGAUGUCCGUGGGAACCACAAAGGACUGUGGCGGCUCUUCCGGAAGAAGAACCAUUUUCUGGUGGUAGGAGUUCCUGCAUCUCCAUAUUCAUUCAAGAAACCUUCUUCAGUGAUUCCAGUUUACUUAGAGCCUCAAGCCAAGGAUGAGGCAGUGGGAGCCGUAGUAGCAGGAGCAGAGCAAACGUGAAGUGGAGCUUCAAGAGUUGUCUGUAACACCUUCACAGCCUGCUGCAAAGAGAGGCACUGGAAGCCAUGGAGUUAUGUGGGAUCUAUGUUCUGUUUUCACUGAAGGACUUGACAAAUGUGGCCUCCCUCCCUGCCCUGAGGCUGCCUGCUGAGUGUUGAUAAACUGCCCUGGGUAGGCAGUUGCAGGCGCCUUUAGUCUUUUUCUAUGCCGCUGCACCAAUUUGAUUGUCUCAUUUUUAACACUGAUGCUUUACUAAUUUUGGCCACCCUUUCCCCAAAUUGGGGUUUGGGUCAGAGCAGGAGGAGCUAUUUACAAGGGAUUGGUUCCCUUUAGGCACUCUUCCCAUGUUGCUAUUUCAGGAUAUUUUUAUUUUUAUUUAUUAACUCUUUGUAUUGGCCAGCAUCCUUCUAAAGGGUGCUGCUCAACUUGGUAUUUCUGGUGGUUUCAAGGUGUGUAUCAUGAUUGGAAUCAAAUCCCUUGAAAUCAUGUGGAGAUUGCAUUCAAACAGGAAAUUACCACCCAGGGCCCAGCUAAUGACUGCAGAGUGGACAGAUCACAUGAAGAAUGAUUUUGAGGUGGGCUUGGCCCUAAUUUGGGUCAUUGGGAAGAGGAUUCAUGUAUUAGUACUGUGGACUACCUUUCUUGGAUGGUGGGGCUCAGAAUUCCCUUCCUGCCCAUUGAUAGGGACUGUCAUAUGACAAAGUAAACUCCUAGCUUUUGUGUUUCUAGUGGGCUCUCCUGCUUCCAGUCAAUGCAGCCCUUCCCAGUUGAAACUUUUGCAACAAUCCAGACUGACAGAAACACACAUAGAGGUUUGGUUGCAAGGCAUGGUAGCAUUGCUUUGCUGCAGGUGCAAUGUGGCUUGUAGGUCAGCCCUGCAAAAAGCCAAGAGGGGAUAUAGGAGGCAGCACAAAAAGUGCCUUGAGCAAGCAAGUGGUAAUUUAGGAAGCCCUUGGAUGAUGGCCAGCUCCAUUAAGGAUUAGAUGAACUAAUCUGACCAAAUUUUUGCUUGGUCCUUUGAAACCUGGCUUCCGUAGGCUCGAAAACCCAAACUAGGGAGCACAGUUGUCCCACCACUGACCAUCCACAACUGAUUGUUCAUGCUGCUAAUUAGGUCAUGCCUAAUGGAACUGAUAGGAUUCAGAUCCUGUUCUGCAUUGAAUUGAAGCCAGUCAUCCUCUUCCAAGAGACAAGUUGUGGAAGCCUGUUGUUCAGAUGGAGGAUCUGAAGGUACAUGUGUGCCCUAGAGGAAGUUGGGGCAGGUGGAUUCAUAGGAAAAGGGUUUUUUUCUGGAUUCCAGAUUGAUGGAAUGGAGGAGGACGGAAGAAUGGCAUUUCAGGGAUAGAGAGGAAUUGUAAUUUCCUCUUCCUGUGCCUUGUGAAAUGAAGGACGUCCUUGGGUCUAGAAUGUAAAUUUCCAUACAGUGAUUCAAUGAAUGCUGAAGGAAGGAACAGUGUCCACCGGGGGACAGUCAGAUUCUUGUUUGACACUAUAUGUAUAUAGGUGGUUGGGUACAUUUUUGUUGUUGGGUUUUUUUGUUCAUUUGUUUUGGGCUUUAUGUUUUCUGUCUCCCAUCCCAAAUCCAGGCUUUUUGGACACAUAGAAUCAACCGAUGUUAUCCUAGAGUCUAAGGGACAGGAGGUGCAGGGCUAGGAGUAGCAAAAGGGUAGAAAACACAGUGUACGAUCAGAACAUGAGGCUGCUGUGGCCUUAACAAAUAAGGUACCAAGGUCAGCUGACUCGGUUCUUGAGCCUAGGAUCCCUUUAGAAUUGUCUUACUUUACAUUGAUCAGACCCUCUGCCCUUUUCCCAUAGUGCAGCCUAGGACUUUUGUGUUGGAUAUUGUGACGGAAUUAUUUUAAUCCAGCCCUAGUCAUAGGUUGUUACAACAAGACUGGGGAUCUUAGCAAUGUUUUAGGUAUGAAUAAACAUGCUUAAGAAUGAAUUAGGUAACAAACAAACAGAA